AUGUCGUCGAGUAGUGCCAGAUCGGGUUCAAGUUCAAGUGCAAGUUCAGAUAGUAGAAGUGGGCGUAACCGACAUGACCGUCGAGGAGAGGAAGAGGGAGAAAGGAGAAAUCGAGAGGAGAGAGAAAGAAUAGAUCGAGAGGACAGAGAAGAGAGAGAGAGAACCUUAAGAGAAGAGGAAGAGAGAGCUAAUCGAGAUAGGGAAGCGGAGGAGCGUGAACGACGCCAGGAAAGAGAAGAACGUGAUAGGGAAUCACGCAGCCGUUCAAGAGACCGUCCACCACGGGGCGGUCCUCCGGGCAUGGACACAGCUAAAGGUGUGGACCCGAUUGCUCCAGCCCCGUUCAACGGAAAAUUCAACCUGGACCGCGAGAUGGGCAGAGACUUAAGAUCCUGGAUGACGGCGAAAUUGAAGCCGGCGGAGGGUAAGCAGUUAAGAGAGAAGUAUGUUCCAAGCUUCAGAUCGGAUUCCUCCGAGCUGCUAUGCCCGCAGCUGGACAGCUCUAUGGCAAGAAGACUGAAGGAUUUGAAGAGUAUGGAGGCGAAAAAAGCAGAAUCCAUCGAGAAGAGUUUAUUGGCCAAGCAAUACAAGAUUUUGGACAUCACCCGACCGCUGCUAUUCGUAUGGGAGAAUCUAUCGAAAGAUCCAGCCUUAAAAGACUCUCCUUUAUCCGAAGCCACCAGGACGGCCUUCCUGCUCUGGGGAGAUUCAUUCUUCAACCUGACGGCGAGGAGACGGGAGAACAUUUUGAAGAUUACAGAUCCCAAAUUCGUGUCUUUGCGGAAGAAGCCUCAUCGUUUCUGCAAGAAAGAGACCGGGUCUUUCUUUGGUAUGAGCUUUUAG